CACUGAGCGGCCUGCCGCCAAUACGCCUGCAUCCGUCGCUGUCCGCUUCCCCACUUCGGAGCCUUUGUGGCGCCGUCUGCUGCGGCCAUUCAAUCUGGAGACCGACGUCAUCGACAGGGGGGCGGUGGUGGGGUGAGAGGUACUGGUUGGCUGGCGAUUGGUGUUGCGUGUGUCGCAUGUUGGCGGGGCAGUGUGUGAGUAGUGGAGGGGGACUGAUUGACUUCAAAGUGGCUGACUUCAACUUGGAUGGCGGUCACUCUCGCUUUUUUUGUCAGACUCAGUGACUGCAUGGCAUCACUCUUGUGAAUGAAGGAACAGGUGUGGAGAACAUGAGUUCUGCCUGUUUACAUCGUGAACCGCCUAGGGUAUUACCUGAAACCGCUGCAACUGAUCUGCUUCUGACCGCCCAGCACAAGCAGUGGCCUUGUGUCAACGUACUGUAUAUCUACCACUCACACAGCUGAUUGUUCGCCUCGCCGUUUUAUGGCCUUGCCCGCUCGGUGCAUCUAUGUCAAGCAGCCGUGGUGGAGGCUUCUGCUGUCAUCUUCGAUCCUGCUCCUCCUCUCACCGCUAUCUCGCUCCGAUGAGUCAUCUCCCGCCCUGCGCCACCGCAGCAGCAACAGCAGCAGCAGUAUGAACGACGACAUCUCCCCGUGCCCCUCUCCAGAGGCCAAUAGUGUCAUGGACAACCGCUCGGGCACCGGCACUGGUCGGCCCAUCAUCGGCAUCGUGACGCAGCCAUCGAACGGGCUGCGCGAUCGGCUGCGCAGACGGGGCGAGGAUGCGACGGUUGCUGGUGAGGACGUGUCGACCAUUGCUGCCAGCUACGUCAGGUGGGAGGGAGGCUGGAGGGACGGAUGGGUGGAGAGAGCUAAGAUCUGUCAGCCUGCCUGCCUGCCUGCAUGCUGGUUGUGAGUGUAUGUUAUGUGCAGGUUCGUGGAGUCUGGCGGUGCUCGUGUGGUACCUGUGAGAUAUGAUGCGUCAGAGGUGAGAGAGGGGCGGAGGUGUGUGUGUGAGUGCUGACUGCGUGAGUGUCCUUGCGUGUGCGUCUGCUCGUUCCUGAAGGACGAGUGGGAGUACCUCUUCAACUCAAUCAACGGCAUCCUCUUUCCCGGUAGAUCGACAUGGCAUGGACCAACCCACACAGCCGAGCUCUCGUCGCAUAGCACAAUGGGCUGGGCGUGUCGUGUGUGCAGGUGGGGCGAUGUUCUUGGAAGGAGGCAGCCCAUACAUGCGCGCACACGAAUUCUUCGUCAGACGGGCCAUGAAAGUAAAGAACUUGACUGACCGGCACGGCACACGAGUCGACGACGGGGAAGUGGCGUGUGUUGUGUUUUGUGUGGCGUCAUCAGGCCUUCGACCAAGGCGACUACUUUCCCGGUGAGUGAGUGUGUGUGUGGCAACAGAGGAGAGUCGCGCUCAUGUGCAUUGUCAUGCGUGAGUGCUGCUUGCGCGUGUGUGUGCACAGUGUGGGGCACCUGCCUGGGGUUCGAGGCGAUUGUGGAUGUGAUCUCGGGCGACUACUCGCUUAUCCGGCAGUCGCACUUCAACGACAGCAACCACCCCUCCAACCUCUCAUUCGACAGGACGCACAAGCCCAUCCAGUGCAGCAGGAUGUUCAGACCACUCAUGGCGCACCCGCACGCCGACUGCCGCCACGAGAGUGGCCCAGUGGGUGCGAUGAACGGCCGUCACGACGUGUCGGCGCCUGACCCUGGCCUGUGGUCCUUUCUGUCCCCUACAAUCUUGCAAGUGCUGGAAAAUGCAAAGGUCAGGCAGUGCGACAGACACGGUGACUUGACUGACGGGCGCCGUGGCACACGUGCAGGGCAGCGCAGCGAGCCACGUGUGUCUAUGUGUUGUGUUGUGUGCGGUGUGUUGUGUUGUGUUGUGUUAAUCAACCAGGUGGUGUAUUACAACCAUGAGCGUGGCAUCAACCUGACGACGUGGGAGUCGACGCCCUCGCUGAUGGAGUUCUUUGAUGUGCUCAGCACCAGCAGGUGAAUAUGAGCGAACCAGUGAGUCAGUCAGUCGGUGAUACAUACCAUGGAACUUGGAAGGAUUGCAUCGGUGGUGUCUGUCGGUGUGUCGUGUGAGCAGAGACAAGAACGGCGUGGACUUCGUGUCGACCAUCGAGAGCAGAAGGCAGGCAGCGAACCGAAUGAGCCGAUUGACGCACCCCCUUCUGUAUUGUAUGUGUGUAUUGGGUGCAUGUUGUCUGGGAUUGAUGGUGCCUGGCUGCCAGGUAUCCGAUAUACGGCGUGCAGUGGCACCCCGAGAAGAACGCCUUCGAGUGGUCGCCAUGGCUGGACAUUCCCCACUCGGUCGGUCAGCCCAACUACCUUACACAACACAUGGCAAAGGGCAUUCGCUUCGUUACCUUACUGCUAUGGGUUCCCUGUGUGUGUGUCAGUCUGAUGCGGUCCGGGUGACGCAGUACUUGGCUCUCUUCCUGGCCAACGAGGCGCGCAAAUCCUCACACACCUUCCCAUCACGGUGUGUACACACAGACACACACAGAGGAAGAGACAGAGGAGGGAGAGGGAUGCUCAGCCCCCGGCCGGCCACAUCCGUGUCUGUCGGGGUGUGUGGGUGUGUGAUGUGAUGUGAUCCAACAGCAAGGCAGAGUUCGCGUCGUUGAUAUACCACUUUCCGUCGAUCAUGACUGCCGACGCCGAGCACAAGUACACCUUUGAGCAGCUGUACCUCGUCAGGGCCCGCAACCACACUAAGGGCAGCAGCAGCACUGCUGAGCGGGAGGGACACCUCCCCAAUGGAGAUGCCCUUAUCGUAAGCAGCCGGCAAACGCAUGGAUGGAUGGAUGGAUGUCUCGUGAUGGCUGGUGGUGUGGUGUUUUGGCAGGCAUGAGACGUUUGACAACAGGAGCGAACUGGCAGUUCGCGAACUGGGACGUCUUCCGCGUCUGUGUGUGCGUAUGUGAUGUGUGUUGUACCCUAGCUGCCUGACUUCCUCUCUGCCUCUCUGCCUGAAUUCUUGUCGUCGUUGCAUUUUGCCAAUCGCAUGCGGAGACAAUGCGAAGAUGAUGAUUAGUGUGUGUACAUGUACAGCAGAUAACACAGGCAGGCAGGCAGAGAGAAACCAUGCACUCACUGAUGGGGAACGAAGAGAUUGCCGUUUGUUGACGGUGCCGUGAUGUGUAGUUAGCAGUGGGGUGGGUGAGUGUGGCGUUUUGGCAAAUGAGUGAGUGAGUGCGUGCAUCCGUCGUGAAGUGUGUCGUCAUAAUGUGGUCGUCUUGUGCGGCUGACUGCGCACAAAAGAUACUUCUUAAGACGUGUGCAUGUCCUCGUACGGUGGAUCAAUAGGGAGCCGGACAGGCAUUAAGUGCAUGGCAAUAUAUCACGUAACUAACGAC